AUGAUGGCGGGCGCCGGGGAAGAUGCACGAGCCCUCUUCAGGGCUGGCGUCCGCGCGGCGUUGGAGGCUUGGCCUGCUUUACAGAUCGCUGUAGAGAAUGGAUUCGGGGGCGUGCACAGCCAAGAGAAGGCGGAGUGGCUGGGGGGUGCAGUGGAGGAUUACUUCAUCCGCAAUGCUGACUUGGAGCUGGAUGAGGUGGAAGACUUCCUUGGGGAGCUGAUGACAAAUGAGUUUGAUACAGUUGUGGAGGAUGGGAGUCUGCCCCAGGUGAGCCAGCAGUUGCAGACCAUGUUCCACCACUUCCAGAAGGGUGAUGGGGCUGCUCUGAGGGAGAUGGCCUCCCACAUCACCCAAAGAAAGUGCAAAGUCAAAGCCACUGCACUUAAGGCAGCCAAAGAGACUGAUGGGGAUCAAGAUGAUGCAGACAGCGUGGAAGAGAUGGAGGUCACAGCUACAAAUGAUGGGGCCACCACGGAUGGGGUCUCCCCCAAGCCUGAACCCUCUGAUCCAAACUCCCAGAAUAUUAAGGAAGAGGAUAUAGUGGAAGAUGGCUGGACCAUUGUCCGGAGAAAGAAAUGAGUGGGGCUGGAAUUAGUUUGGGCCCUUGUUUGCUAGGUAUUCUGAAACUUAUUUGUAGGGCUUUUAUGGAGGGCUAUAGACCUCUGGAUUGGUUAUACUAUUCCCACCCUCUUUCUUGUUCCUCUGUGCAGUUCCCUACAGGGGAAGAAAAGCCCUAAGGUUCUUGGUUUUGGGGGGUUCUAAGGCACUUGGUCCAUCAUACCCCCUUGGGCUUUAAGUUAUCUGAGUGAUGAGGCCAGUUUUCCCAGCAUAGUUCCUCUUGGGUGCAGUCAGUGAAGAGGAAGGAUGAGUGAAUGUGGGCGUGGAUGGAGGAGGAGGUAGAUUCUAAUGGAUACUAGACAGGAGGAUUAUGGAGAGGAUGAGCCUGGGGACCAGUACUCAGUGCCAAGGGCUGGCUGGGUCAGGAAUGGUGAGAUGAACAUGCAGAUGA